GUGGCUUUUUCCAACUUCCUGGUUCGUGACUCCAAGAAUCAAAGAAGACGAGUGUGGAAGUAGUGACUUCGAGGGAAUCGCUUUUCCUGCAAAAGAUUUUCUGUUUAAUUGCACCGAGCGCGAAUCGCUGCAUUACAUAAUUCACUUUUCUUGUUGAAAGGCUGGUGUGAGGAGAUCUGAAGAAGCAAAAAUGUGUAGAAUUCUUACGAAGCGUCGUCUGGACUACUACGCCAAUCCUCUUUACGACAAAGUUCCCUUGUUCAAAGAAGGAGAUGUAGUCUGGGUUUAUGAAAAGCCACCAUGUACCUCUUUGUGGCUGGUGUAUGAAGCAAAGAUCAAGGCCCGACUGGCGCAGCUAAUGCCGCAGUAUGACAACUGUCUGCGAAUGGGAGCGGAGAUUCCUGUCUACGAUGUGGAUUUUCAGUGGACAGUGGUGGAAGAGGAGCAACCGGACGAUGACGAUGUACAAGUGGUGGAACAGCGAUUUGUCAACCGAUUCUUUGAGCAGCACAUCUACGACCCGAAACGACUGACCGCCGAGGAAAUGUUCUGUCACGUGGGCAUGAACAAUCAGAACGUUCUAUACAGUCAUACGGGCGGCGGAUUGGACCUGCAUGAGUUUGUGAUCUCGGAGUCGGCGUACGAAAAUGAACCUGUUGGAGAGAUUAAGGACAACACUGGACGCCGCGUGAAGGGAACGGGAUAUGAGAAUCUGGUAGAAAUGGCCACCAUCUGCGCCAUGUGCAAUGACUCCAGUGUCGAUUACAACGAGACCAAACACAUCUACGGAAAAGUUGGUGAAGCCACUGAGACGGCUCUGAUUGUCUUGGCGGAGAAGAUCAACCCCUUCAACACCGAGAAGAACGGCCUUAGCAAGCGCGAUCUGGGUAUUGCCGCCAACCGUAGCAUUCAGGGAAUGUGGAAGAAGGAUUAUACGCUGGAGUUCUCGCGCGACCGCAAGUCCAUGAGCUCGUACUGCUCGCCCACCAAGGGAAGCAAAUUCCCCGGUGGAGGUGGCGCCAAGAUGUUCUGCAAGGGUGCUCCGGAAGGUGUCCUGGGUCGGUGCUUGCACGUCCGUGUCGGCAACACCAAGAUCCCCCUGACUCCGCAGCUGAAGACCAAGAUCUUCGAGAAGACCCGCGAAUACGGUACGGGACGCGAUACGCUGCGUUGUCUGGCCCGGGCCACCGUGGACGAGCCGAUGAAUCCCAGCCAGAUGAACCUGGAGGACUCCACUCUCUUCUACAAAUACGAGACCAACAUGACGCUGGUCGGUGUCGUGGGCAUGUUGGAUCCGCCCCGCAAGGAAGUCUUCGAUGCCAUCCAGAAGUGCCGCGGUGCCGGUAUCCGUGUGAUUGUCAUUACGGGUGAUAACAAGGGAACGGCUGAGGCUAUCUGCCGACGCAUCGGUGUCUUCGGCGAGAACGAAUCCACAGAAGGAAUGUCCUACACCGGUCGUGAAUUCGAUGAUUUGAGCAUCCACGAACAGCAGAAUGCCGUCCUGCGUGCCCGAUUGUUCUCCCGUGUGAAACCGGCCCAUAAGAGUAAGAUCGUGGAAUUUCUGCAGGCGGCUGGUGAAAUCACGGCUUUGAUGGGUGAUGGUGUAAACGAUGCGCCCGCGUUGAAGAAGGCCGAAAUCGGUAUUGCCAUGGGUUCGGGAACGGCGGUGGCCAAGAGCGCUUCUGAGAUGGUGUUGGCCGACGACAACUUCUCGUCCAUUGUAUCCACUGUGGAAGAGGGCCGUGCUAUCUACAACAACAGGAAGCAGUUCAUUCGAUAUCUGAUCUCCUCCAACAUCGGUGAAGUCGUCAGUAUUUUCUUGACGGCCGCUUUGGGUAUGCCGGAAGCCUUGAUUCCCGUGCAGCUUCUGUGGGUCAAUCUGGUGACGGACGGUCUCCCUGCCACCGCCCUGGGCUUCAACGCACCGGAUCUGGACAUCAUGGACAAGCCGCCGCGCAGCUCCAAGGAAAGCCUGAUUUCCGGCUGGUUAUCCUUCCGCUACAUGGCCAUCGGUGGAUAUGUCGGCGCGGGAACAGUGGGUGCGGCUGCCUGGUGGUUCAUGAUUUCGCCCACCGGACCACAAAUGUCUUAUUAUCAGUUGACGCAUCAUUUGGCCUGUGCCAACGAACCCGAGAACUUUCGUGGAAUGGACUGCGAUGUGUUUGAGCAUCCUCACCCGAUGACGAUGGCCUCCAAGGAAGUGUUCGAUUCCAUUCAGAAGUGUCGUGGUGCCGGUAUCCGCGUGAUUGUCAUUACGGGUGAUAACAAGGGAACGGCUGAGACUAUCUGCCGACGCAUCGGUGUCUUAGGCGAGAACAUGUCGGGCAUGUCGGAUCCGCACCGCAAGGAAGUUUUCGCUGCCAUCCAGAAUUGCCGCGGCGCCGGCAUCCCACAAAUGACCUUAGGGGUGACUACGGGAGCCGUUCCGGGUUGUGCUGCAGAACAAGGGACUUCUUCAUCUGAUGAGAAAAGUCCAUCUAGGAAAAGAAAGCGCGGAGGUCGGAAAGACGGCGGUAAUAAAGACGAUAUUCCGAAUUAUUUCAUCACGGAAGGGCAGCGCCAAGCAGGACACCCUGAACGCCUCGUCGCAUUUCGUUUUAACAACCAGGUAUGUGAGCCUUCGUUGGUUCCUCGUCCACAACAUGUGGGCGAUCCGUUGCAGCCGACAGUCGAGCGAUUUUUAACGGCGCUGCAAGCAGAAGGACACCGCAAUACUUUUAUGGGUCUUGCCUUCAAAGUGCAUACGGCGCGGGCUCAGUCGGAGGCGAUCUACCUCAGCCCCCGACCGGAAGUUACCGUGGACGAGCUGGAGACAGCUGUAGACGCUAUUCGAGGGCUCGUUCCGCGAGGGUGCACCGUUAGCUGGGCUACUCCUACUGAGGAGGAAGGCGCAGCCGCUCUCGAGGCCGGCUUUUCUCUUGAUUAAUAAAGAUUCGUUUCGGAGCCUUCCGACAGCGAUUGUCCAUUCAGAUUCAAAGAGGGAAUGCGCCAUUCGUUAUGGGCACCCUGCCGGACUCCGACGCCAUAUGCGAAAUGUGCUUAUUCUAACUCAUGAGUGUUAUUUCCGGAUUAUCGAGUUUUGUUCCUUUUAAUUACUCUAUAUUCACUAUUGCUUUUCAUCACGAUUUGCUUAUUUUGUCUCUGACAAUUCGUCUGCAUUUACGUAUUUGCUGUCACUAGUGCGAAAUCUUCGAUUUUGGCUACUUUAAUUUAAUGUACGCCAAGUUAGCGGUGUGUCAUUUUAAUUUUUUUCCGAUUCGCGGAGCGCAUGUUUUACCAGUUUUUUUGGAAGUUAAUACUGUUUUGACGGAUUUUGCCGGUUCAUAAAAGACAA